UGAUUACAGGCCUGUGAGAAAGUUGGCAUCCAGAUCCCUCGGUUUUGUUACCAUGACAGAUUGUCUGUUGCUGGGAAUUGUCGAAUGUGCCUGGUGGAAAUCGAAAAAGCUCCUAAGCCUGUAGCUGCCUGUGCUAUGCCUGUGAUGAAAGGGUGGAAUAUUCUUACCAACUCAGAGAAAAGCAAGAAAGCCAGGGAAGGUGUGAUGGAGUUUCUGCUGGCUAAUCACCCAUUGGAUUGUCCCAUUUGUGAUCAAGGAGGGGAAUGUGAUCUCCAGGAUCAGUCAAUGAUGUUCGGCAGUGACCGAAGCAGAUUUACAGAGGGCAAGAGAGCUGUAGAGGAUAAAAACAUUGGACCUCUUGUGAAAACAAUAAUGACGAGGUGUAUCCACUGCACACGCUGUAUCAGGUUUGCCAGUGAGGUAGCAGGAGUGGAUGACCUGGGCACCACAGGAAGAGGAAAUGAGAUGCAAGUUGGCACAUAUAUCGAGAAAAUGUUCAUGUCUGAAAUGUCAGGAAACAUCAUUGAUCUUUGCCCUGUCGGAGCUUUGACAUCUAAACCUUAUGCCUUUACAUCCAGACCUUGGGAGACCAGGAAGACAGAGUCCAUUGAUGUGAUGGAUGCUAUUGGAAGUAAUAUCGUCGUGAGCACCCGGACUGGAGAAGUGAUGAGAAUCCUGCCAAGGUUAAAUGAGGAUGUGAAUGAGGAGUGGAUCUCUGAUAAAACCAGGUUUGCAUAUGACGGCCUUAAGCGUCAGCGCUUAAUUGUUCCCAUGGUUAGGGGUUCGAAGGGGCAGCUGGUGUCUGCAUCCUGGGAGGAGGCAUUAACACAGAUUGCUGAAGUGUUGCAGGGAGUACAGGAUAAAGGUGUGGCCGCCAUUGCUGGAGGAAUGGCUGACGCUGAGGCUCUUGUGGCCCUGAAGGACAUGAUCAACAGGUUAAACAGUGAUGCAUUGUGCACAGAGGAGAUCUUCCCAAUGGCUGGAGCUGGUACUGAUUUGCGCUCCAAUUAUCUCCUGAAUACCAAAAUUUCUGGAGUAGAGGAGGCUGACGUUUUGCUGCUGGUCGGCACCAACCCACGCUAUGAAGCCCCACUUUUCAAUGUUCGAGUCAGAAAAAGCUGGCUGCACAAUGAUCUCCAAGUGGCUUUAGUUGGGACCAACGUGGAUUUGAGCUACAGCUACAAUCACCUUGGAGACUCUCCACAGGUGUUACAGGAGAUUGCUUCAGGAAAGCACCCUUUCAGCCAGGUCCUGAGUAAAGCGAAGAAGCCCAUGGUGGUGGUGGGCAGUUCAAUUCUUCAGCGGAGUGACAGUGCAGCAAUACAUGCCGCUGUCAGCACCAUUGCACAGAAUGCCCGAGCAGGCAGUGAAGUUGGAGAUGACUGGAAAGUUUUAAACGUCCUUCAGAGGGUAGCCAGCCAAGUAGCCGCUCUGGAUUUGGGAUACAAAGCUGGUGUUGACUUUAUCCGGAAAAAUCCCCCCAAAGUACUAUUCCUUCUUGGAGCAGACAGUGGCUGCAUCACAAGACAGGACCUUCCAAAGGACUGCUUCAUCAUUUAUCAGGGACAUCAUGGAGAUGUUGGAGCCCCCAUGGCAGAUGUUGUUCUACCUGGAGCUGCUUACACAGAGAAGAAAGCAACAUAUGUCAACACAGAGGGCCGUGCCCAGCAGACCAGAGUGGCAGUAACAGCACCUGGCCUGGCCAGGGAGGAUUGGCAAAUUAUACGUGCACUUUCUGAGGUGGUUGGUGUGACACUUCCAUAUGAUACUCUGGAUGAGGUCCGUGACAGGCUGGCUGAGAUAUCGCCAAAUCUGAUCUGCUACAAUGAUGUCGAGGAGGCUAAUUUUUUCAAACAGGCAAACGAGCUCGCAAAGCUUGUGAAUCAACAAGUCUUAACUGAGCCACUUGUUCCACCUCAACUUACAAUUAAAGAUUUUUACAUGACUGAUCCAAUCAGCAGAGCCUCCCAGACGAUGGCAAAGUGUGUCAAAGCAGUUACUGAAGGAGCCGCUGCAGUUGAUGAGCCUUCCAUCUGCUAACCUCGACUGACAAAAAAGACCUCAAAAGCAUUGGUGUUGUACUUCUGUAGCUAAAUUCUGCACAAAUAUUUAUAAAGGACAAGCUUCUAAAGAAGACUGAGUUCAUGUCUGACUGCAUACUCUGAGCAUGAUUCGUGAAGUUGUAUGAUGCUCAGUGUAGAGGGAUAAGUGUGUGACACACUCCACCCAUUUACUAGCUACAUGCCAUCAUUGUAUAAUAACAUGUUAUGUUAAGUAGUAUAAAUUUCCACAUGAAAUUCAAAAGGUUUAGUGUGAUAAUUGGGCUGUGUGAUAAACUUCUGAUUAUGCUGACUUUGUGUUCAAGACACUUAUUUUUGUGUUUUAUUGCAACCUUCUCAAGGAUGACAACAGUUCUUGUAACACUGCAAUUGGAUUUUUAUGGGAAAUAAAUCUAUAUCAUGGGUGAA